UCCGGCGGGCUCGGGCUCCUCCUCCGCCCGCCUCCUGCCCCCGCCCCGGCGCCUUCCCAGCCUGCUCUCCGGGUAAACAGCGAUGGCCGCCGAGGACCGAGGCGGAGAGCCCCGAGAUAACAUGGGGAACCACCUCCAGCUGGUGCCCGUAGAGAGCGAGGAAGAGGAUGACAAUGAAAUGGAAGUGGAAGACCAAGAUAGUAAAGAAGCUGAGAAGCCAAAUAUCAUUAAUUUUGAUACCAGUUUGCCCACAUCACAUAUGUACCUGGGCUCGGACAUGGAGGAGUUCCACGGCAGGACCGUGCACGAUGACGACAGCUGCCAGGUGAUCCCCGUGCUGCCCCGGCUGAUGGUGAUGCUGAUCCCCGGCCAGACGCUGCCGCUGCAGCUCUUCCGCCCCCAAGAGGUUAGCAUGGUGCGGAAUUUAAUUCAGAAAGACAGAACCUUUGCUGUCCUUGCAUACAGCAAUGCACAUGAGAGGGAAGCACAUUUUGGAACGACAGCAGAAAUCUAUGCCUACAGAGAAGAGCAGGAAUACGGAGUUGAAACAGUCAAGGUGAAAGCAAUUGGAAGACAGAGGUUCAAGGUGCUUGAAAUACGAACUCAGUCAGAUGGAAUCCAGCAGGCUAAAGUACAAAUCCUGCCUGAGCGAGUGCUGCCUCCCACCAUGUCAGCAGUGCAGCUGCAGUCUCUCAGCAGGUGCCACGUGCUUCCCUCUUCCAAACCCACUUCCUGGCAGGACAGAGCCAUCAGGCAGUGGUGGCAGAAGUACCAGAAGAGGAAGUUCCACUGUGCAAGUUUGACAUCUUGGCCCCCCUGGCUCUACUCUCUCUAUGAUGCUGAAACCUUGAUGGAGAGAGUCAAGAGGCAGCUCCAUGAGUGGGAUGAAAACCUUAAAGAUGAAUCUCUUCCAUCAAACCCAAUAGAUUUUUCUUACAGAGUUGCUGCCUGCCUGCCCAUUGAUGAUGCUUUACGUAUCCAGUUGCUCAAAAUAGGCAGUGCUGUGCAGAGGCUCCGCUGUGAGCUAGAUAUCAUGAACAAAUGCACAUCUCUCUGUUGUAAGCAAUGCCAAGACACAGAAAUAACUACCAAGAAUGAAAUAUUCAGCUUAUCCUUGUGUGGGCCCAUGGCAGCCUAUGUGAAUCCCCAUGGAUACAUCCAUGAAACUCUCACUGUAUAUAAAGCUUCCAACCUGAGUCUCAGUGGACGGCCCUCCACAGAGCACAGCUGGUUCCCUGGGUACGCCUGGACCAUAGCCCAGUGCAGGAUCUGCGGGAGCCACAUGGGCUGGAAGUUCACGGCCACCAGGAAGGAGCUGUCCCCUCCCAAGUUCUGGGGGCUGACGCGCUCGGCGCUGCUGCCCCGCAUCCCCGAGGACGCCGAGGACUCGGAGCGCGGCCGCUCGCCGCUGCUGUGCCUGUGACACCCCCGGGGCUCUGCUCAGUGCUGCUCCUGCUUCCUCAGCCCAGGAACCCCGGGAAGCACACUCCUAUCCCCAGGGAACCAGGCUCACCCAGCUCCCUGUGCUGUUCCUCGGGAGCUCCGGACUCUUCCUGCAGAGGGGGUGCCAGGGGACGCCGGGAAUGCAGGUCCACGUGGGACACCAGGAAAUCUCUGAUCCACGUGGACACACCUUGAGACUGGACUUGUGUAAUUCCCACUUGCAGUGAAGGAAGGGGGAUGGAAACUAAAACCAAACUAAAAUCCCAAUAAGCAGAGUCUGAUUGAUGCAAUAUUCCUGGGAUGGCAGAGAGCAGUGACCUGCUGUGGAGUGUUUGCCAUAAUACACUUACAAGUGGUUUGCUGAGAAUCCCCGUUUCUAACUCUCUGAAGUCCUUCAGGUUUGCUGCUUGUGCUGUUUCUCAGCUUUUUGCUGAAUAACCAUGGAAGAGAGAAGCAGCCUGAGAGUUUCUGAGUGCUGGAAUGUGCAAAAGUUGGAAUUGCAGCUGCCUCCCAGGAUGGACCCCAUGGGGAAGUGUCUGUUCCUUACAAGUUGUCUCAUCUGUUUAGUCCAUUUGACUUUAGAAGUCUUAAAUUUUAAACUGUUGAUAAGAUGUGCACAGGUCAGUCCCAGGGGGCAAACAGCAUUGUCAUGUUCUGUUCAGUGUGCUUCAAUUACUUCCAAAUUAUUCCUGGUUAAUUUACCAGUGGUGGUGUCCAGGGGUUUGGGAAGGACUCUAAAACACCCCACUGAAGUGAUUUUUAAGUAGUACUUGUGACAAAGGGAAGGAAAAAAUCUCUUUUAAUUAUUUAAUUGUAACUUUUAGAUCAUAAAGUAACAUUUCAAAUUAUCACCUUAUAAAGAGCAAAAGUUUCCAAAUAAAACAGGAAUACAGGCAGUGCCUUUUUGUGCGGAGGUUUCUUGGGUUUUGGUUUGGUUUUUAUUUUGUCUGUGCUUCACAAAUUGGGUGCCAGUCUGGGGCAGCUUUUGCCACUGAUUUAUUGGUUUUUUUUCCUCACAGAAUGCACUUUGGUGAUGGCAGUGGAGAUUUUUUUUUUUUUUUAGUGCACAUAAACACUUGGUUUUCUUGUGAAGCUGUUAUCAUUCACUGUUCAUUUCUUCACGGUGAUGUUAAACUAGUCAAGUUUAAGACAUGAGCCACUGGUUGCUUGUUCUCUGUCAGCCUCCAGGCAGGUGUAGCAAGGACAGGUCACUUCAGCUGGGGGCCAAGGCCAAGCCUGGCACACAGGAGCUGAUUCCCAUGGCAGUGUGGUACCUCCAGCUGGAAAAACACCCCAAACCAUGGACUUGCUGCUGGGUAUUUGUCAUGCCAGGUAUGUAGAGAUUAAUUGUGUAACUCAGGUUUAGUUCUUUGAAACUUCCUACCUCUGUGCUGCUUCUGUUCUUCUUAGACACCUUUAAUUCCGUGCUCAGUUCCCUGUGCAGUGCCCUGACUUGGCAGUGAACUGUGAAAAGCAGUAUUUGGGAUGUGGCUCUGAGCAAACAGAGGGUGAUCAUGGCCUGUGUUCAUCCAGAAAACUUUCUGGAUGUUGAUAAUGAUUCAUUAUAAGCUUGGAAAGCCAGGCACUGGUGUGAGAGGGAGACUGGAUGCUCUGUGUUUGUGAAUCCACUGGAACCAGGCCUGGCUCUCCCUCACCCCUGCACACUCAACACAUCUGGGCUCUACAUUUGGGGUUUUUUUGUUCCUUUUCCCCUCAAAGUCCCUCCUGUCUGUUCUUCCUGUGGCCCUCAGUGGGGCUUGGUGGUGGCAAGAAGUUGGAGGGGGCUCCCAGCACCUUCUGCUGCCUUGGUGUGAGCGUUCACUGGGGGCUGGGAAGGAAUUUCAAAAGGAUUUUCUCAGCUGUCACUGAACUUCUAAAGGUUCAGUUCUUUGGGGUUUUGGCCGAGGCUUUUGGAUUCUCAAUUUAAAAUGGCAAUGUUUGAAUCCAGAAUAAGCAUUUUUUUGGUGUUUUGUGUAUAUAGUCAAAUGUAAACUAACAUAAUCGAGGUAAGUCAGGAGUAAAUUAACACUAAUUAAAUUUCAUUUGAUGAUGCUGUUCCAUGUGCUAAACCUGUGCAGAGUUUGCUGUGUUGAGUCCAUGACACCUUCCAGGUUGAGUCCUGUGGUGGUGAAUCCAGUCCUUACUGGGAACUAUCAAAUGUCCAGCGCUCCAGGGUGUGGAAUUGGGGGUGGUUCCUUACACUGGUUCAUAUUUCCCAUACUUUGUUCUGAAGAGAAAACUAUUGGUGGGAAUUAGGGAAAAUUUGGAACAUCAGUAUGGAAAAAUACAGACAGCAACUGCUGAGGAGAGCUAGUCAAAGGAAACCAGAUUUGAUAAAUAUUUUCUACAGUUACCCCAUUGAUUGGCUGAGUAAUUUCCUGCAGGAAUUUAAUCCUGAGGGAUCACAGGAUUUACAGCACAGACUCAUUUUCAAGCCAUCAUUGCAGCAUCACCAACAGCCCAGCCCGAGCCUGUAACUUUGCAAGUUUUCAUUUAUUUUAGGUUCAUUUUGACAAAUAGGUAGAACCACUUGUACAGUGGGUUUAAAAUAUUUCAUAUACUCAUUUGUUUUUUAUUAAUGCUCUUUUUGGAUGUGCUGCAGUUCAUUUGUUCCUCUCUUUGUCACCUUUAAUUGCUCUGUGAACUGCUCCAUGGGUAGCCCAGUCUCUGCUUUAACUCUUCCUCCUCUCUGUCUUUUGGGACAACUUUUCUGACAAAUCUUGUGGCUUGCAAAUAUUUGCAAAGAAUAAAAUUAAAUUUGUUUCAAAACUCA